AUGUGCGCAUUGAUUAAGUGCGAAAGUUCCCCAGGACCUCUCAAUGAGGGUGCCAUUCAACGCGUGCAUGAGAGAGCCCUCAAGAAAAAGAAGAAGCAAUCCGCGGACAGGUACGUUGCCAGAGCUACUUCAACACGGGUCAUAUUCGAGAGCAUCGACAACGCUAAGAAGCUAGAGCCUAUCGCGCUGGCAGAUGUCACUGACAUCGGCAGGAGUCGAAGUGAUGCAAAUGUUUUCAGCUUCCAAGUUCAGCAGAACACGAAGAAGAAGGAGAAGAAGCAGAAGAAGAAGGGGGAAGAUAAACAGGAAGGCGGUCCCGUGCUCCUCUACCUCAUUCGUUUCGAAGACGAUGCGGGAGUAGAGACAUUCUUCAGUGCAAUCAAUGGGAAAAACGACAUCUCCCACUCUUUCGAGGGACCCUCGGGAAAUGAUACAGAGAAACGAGAAAACAGUAAGCAAACGAAGGCAGGUAGGAAGGAAAAUGCCGGAACCGCGAAGAAGGAAGGCUUGUCAGCAGGAACUUGGAAGAGGACAGACGAUGAGAGUACAACAGCUGGAAGCAAGAGGAACGGAUGUCAGGCUGUAAACGGUACCUCUGAAACUUUCAACCACUCCUACUUAAAUGAAAUGUUUCUAGGAAACACAGCAAAUGUUUCAGGUACUAAUCAACCGCCUGCGGAUGGUCAGUGGACUUUCUUUGCUUUUCCUGGCUCUCAAACGGACACACAUCGCAGUAAAACUAAUGGUACAUCCUCCAGUCGCCGCGACGACAACAUGAAAAAGCUCCCAGAGGUCCUCCAGCGACGAAACAAUGCCGCCUCCACGCAGACCUUCGUUCAGUACCAACCUCCAGUGGGACAUUACCGUGUGGCGCCCACGCGCAAGAGUCGUAUGACGGUAGACCCCUGGGAACAACGAUCCUUUCCACGCCGUCAGGCCUCCAUGCCACCCGACGAUCCAACACCCCCCACCGAAUCAUCCGUGACAUCCGCCUCAUCUGAUGUCACUCUGCGCUGCUCAGUGACCCCUGUCCACCGGGAUACGGACAGUGAAGUGGCCUACGAGGAGGCCCGACGGCGACGGAGGGGAAUGUACAAAAGUUACCGGUGUCGGGACCAGGAUUCCAUCUUCUAUGGCGAGCGCAUGUCCCCCGAGUCACAAAUGCUAGACCAAAUGGUAAGGCAAACAUUCACCCUUAGGCAUGACGACUGACUUUAGUUUCGUACUCUAAGUAGUCUUACUGCAUGCUGUAAACCUCCUCCCCGUCCCUCUCAAAAGUCAGCUGAGAUAUAUACAUAUCACCCCACCCUGUUCUCCGCAAUAUCACCGCAACUACUUGGCGCGGUUGUGCCGCCAAACGACCAAUAUUUUUUACACGAGAGUAAAAUGCCUUUUUUUAAAAAAUGCACCCACGUCUGCUCUCAUGCACUGCUGAAGAAAGUUUGCCAAAACGGUGGGCUCCCUGGAAAAAAGCUAGGACCUAAUGACGUAUCUUUAUUUUGCUGCAUUUCGGUGGGAAAUAUUCUCUCAUGCAGAGGCGAAUAUUGUUAGCAAAUUAACCAUCAGCUACUCCAUCUGGUUCUCAGCUCAGCAGGGGUUUCUGUAUGGAGUGUUUCUGGCUUUUUUAAUUCUCUCAAAAACCAGUCGCUAAUUUGGAGCAAAUCAGUCCGUUUAAGACUUAUAGGCUGUGGUUGAAUUUUGAUAUGAAUAUUUGGGUCGAAGUCCAUCCGCCAUAGCGAAAUAACCGCGUGAUUUUCAUAAACUGCCAACAGGCAGUCUAUAAGGCUCAAGUAGACUGAAUAAUUUCUGAGGAAAUUACAAAGUUGCGGUUUCAAAAUUGGAGUAUCUACCAGAAAGGCCCGUGGGAAACGAUGAGGGACCUGCUGAUGAGCCGAACACCUCGCAGCUGUAUCAUGCGACGGCUGAAAAUCGGCAAAACGCGCGGGUCUGGGUUUUUAGCCAGUGUCUAUGCUGUCAAAUAUGUUAUAUUGUGCCAUCUAUGGAGGAUUUCUAGGCCCUGAUCAAGUAGGAAAGCGUGAGAGAGAGGGAGGGAAAAACCGCUAAACCCACAUACAAUCCGAGUUCCUCAUGUGGACGCAUGCAGGCUCAGAUCCAAGCGCUACAUCUCGGGACUGUUAUCCUAAAAAAAGGUUGUGUAGUGUCUACUUACAUUUCAAUUUGUCGCGUUUCGACCGGAAAUAUUUCACAAAUGAAACAUUUUUCCUGGGUGCAAGUAAUUACCGUUUCGAAGUGGAGCAUUUGGCCAGCUGCUGGGCUUGCGACGGAGGCGGCCACUGUUUGUUUAUUCACGGGAGCGAAAUGUCUACUUCGCUAGCUCCAACACUGUCAAAGAAGGCGGUUCAGGCGCUCACAGACACACACGAGAGUUCUACCGUCCGUUUCGCGAUGUCCACCAUGUGCUCCACGGCUAGGCGGAGCAGGGACGAUGAGUUGCGCCUGAAUUAGUUUAAAGUAAUAGUAGACUUGCACAGCAUUUAUCGCGCACUCUCUUCCCCAUUACCACCCGCAAACUCCACAAAACAGGACUGUCUGCCUCACACGUCCGUUCGGUUUUAUUAAAUUUUAACAAAACAUACGUCCAAACUCACAGACAUUAUUCUGACAGAUCCUGACGAAAAGAAUAUCGAGUCGACAGAGGAGAGCGCAGCGGAAGAACGCCCAACGCUACCUCAGGACUUCGGCGGUUCGCCCGCGUUGCGCGGCAAAUAUUUUCUGCCCGAAGCUCUAUCGAUUUCGUGAGAUCUGUUCCUGAACAUUUUCGUUGGAACUCGUUUAAUUGCCAGCUGGGCCUGAGUAAAUUGCGCAAGUCUCCAGGGUGUUUUAAAAACAUUCCAGCACAUCGAGCCUCUUUCUGGUGAAACGAAGUAAGACGGGUAAGCAGUUGGAUCACCACGACGGGGUGCUGUGAUAUGUAAAUUGCAGGAUAUGACAACGACAGUCCGACCGUCGCGUGCGACGGUGUCCGCCGCGUGCCCCACGGAGUGGACGCAGCACCGGUUAUUCGUGCGUGAAUUAGUCCAUACUCAAGCAGACUUGCACAGCAUCUAGCGCACUCUCUCCUCUCUCACCCACCUGGCCCCGUUGUCAAGAUUACCGGUCAGGCGUUAGGUCGCAGUGGCUAAGCUAAUUAAACAAUUAGUCAGCACGUGCCACAGACGAUCUGGGUAGCGCGAAAUGCAUCAAGACUUCACGGAGAGCCCCUUUGAAUUGGAAGGAAUGAAAGCUACUGAACGUAGACGUGAACGAGAGUAGCACUGGCAUUUGCGGGUGGGUAGACAAGCCUGAGCCGAUAAAAUGAAAACACUGAAGUAAUGAGCUAGAUCCCAACUACUUUCGGGCGAUCAACUAAUUGACCUCUGCUUGGACAGGCCGGGUCGCACAGUCUGGUUACUAUGGUGGAGGGGCACCCAUCGAUCGCGUCGCGGAACUCACUCGUCCCGUUGUGCCAUGGGGCACUCUCUCUCUCUCGAGUCUCGCCAGCAGCCGCACAGCGUUGCGGAAUAUAGGCACAAUAGCAUUACCAACAAAGACGGGGGAGACUGACGUGGCCGCUGUCAGCCCCCCACCCAACCUCGAGGUAUGCAACACCUGUGGAUCGAUCCCACCACCUGUCCGUUAGAAGUUGAUCACCCUAACCAUUGAGCCGCGGGCUCGUUGUUCUGUCGGUUGGACUUCUAACCAACUAGCCGCGGAAUCGAGCCCCAGAUGUUAACGUCUCGAGAUUGCGUAUGGCUGGCUGAAGACGGCUAAUUCGCCAGAAAUGGCCAUUCCAGUUUCUCUUAUCCUUGCCUAUAAUGCUAUCCAGCCUGGUUACCAUCGCUUCUUCCUUAGCAGGAGCGUCGAGGCGUAAAACAAGUGAAGGCGUGCAUGUACGUAGAAACGCGUUACGGAGAUGGGCUUUCCUUGCGCUGAACGCUCAUGAUCGAAUUAUUUAAGAAUAGAGUUUGUACCUUAAUGACUGGGAGGAUCUGCAAAAUGGUCUGACAAAUGUCUCUUUAUCAACUCACAGUGCCGCCUUAGAAUAACAGCCUUCUACUGUCAACCUCCUCACCUGACGUAAUUGUAUUCUGUCAGCUGGGUCGCUCAACCAUAUCCUUUGAAAUAAAGCUGUCUAAAUAAACGUUUUCGCGGUGCAAGUUCGGAAUUCUCCCUUGUUCGGCUUCAGUGUUGUCGCGCCAAAAGUGUUUUUUCGCACUAAGUUGAAGUUCUGAAUCACUGGGACUUAUCAAUCAGAGGCUGCGCACCGGCUGAACCAGAUCCUUCCCCAAUGACCGUUUCGUCAGGCAUUCGAGUUAAUAAAUUAACCUAGAAAUGAAUCCUUUGAGAUUUCUAGAUCACAGAUAGGGACGCUAUUUGGCGAGAGUUUUGGUUCCUUGAUUGAACCGAUACAUUCAUCCGCGAUUCCCAGACCACAAAUGCGUUUCCUCACUCGUCAUUACUCAAGCCGUCCCGUAAACACGCCACCAAGAGCUCAUCUGCGGCGGUACUGCAAUUUAACUGUAAACUUUUCCAUUAAUGCUCUCAGCAUUUUGGCAACGAUUUCCUCUCCUUGUCCGGUAUUUUCGAUAAACUUACAAAUAUGAUUGAACGACUUGUUUACUGGUACGUUUUGUAACGACAGCUGCAACUUUCCACAGAAAAACUGUCAGAACUGUAAAAACGCCAUUCCCAACGUUGCUAUAAAAAGCAAAUUCAACUCAUGAACUAGGCGGUACGAGGUCCUGUUGAAUCGGCUUUGGGCUCUCUGCCAAUCACUUCGUUAUUUCCUUAUAUAAAAUCGCUCCCUUAUAAUUCAUAGAUGUUUUGGCAGAUUUCGAAUAAAUUAAUAUUGACCCAACUGUGAAAAGCUCGGCGCCUCGGUGGGAUUCGAACCCACCCAGUAAGGGGAAGGCUUUAAUACAGCCAACGUUCUAGCCAAUUGAGCUACGAAGCCCCGCCGGACGACGUGAGUUUAAUCACAUUUGGGUCAAGUUACACAUUCAAACCCUGGAUCUCAGGCCCACCUGCUGGUGAUAAUUGACCUUGCGUAGUAGAUGGAGUGGGCUCUUGAAAUAACCUGAUGCAAAGGCGUUUUAGGUCUAGUUUUCGUUAGAAUAUCACUGUGUCGUCAAGUGACUUAGAAACUAGUCUACGUUUGCGCGAAACAGGCACACAGUUUGACAAAAAAUAAACAAUUUUUCUGUGCAAGCAAUUAUAAGCACUUAAUAACUUUCAGUGGGCGUAACUACCUGCACAGGCCUGAAGGAUCAUCAGCGAACCAAUAGUUUGUUUUUCUUUUGCGGCACCAGUAAAUUAGGCACAGUUCGAGAAUUUGACGAAAACACUGGAAGAAAUUGGCGCAGGCAGAUGCGCGUGACAGUAUCGUUGCGAGUCAUAAGGUUAUUUCUCUGAUCUGUCAACUUAGCUCAUCUUUGAGAUCUGCCCGGUUUUUUUCCUAACAGUUUACUUUGAGGAUUUCGCACCUAGGUGACAUGCCUCAUGGAAUAUUAAAUGAAAUUCGGCUUUUAAUACUGGUUAUCACACAACAUGUUUCUAAUAUAUUUCAGUCACACCAGGAUACCGGAUUUCGAAUGUGUUACUUACCGGCCACCUACAAAAAUCACGCGCGGUAA